GAAAUGUCCCUCUCCUCCCUCGCCUCUCUCCUAAAGCAAACGCACAUUCGGGACGAUGACGAGGUCCUACGAGCUGCGAACGCGGCGCUAAAAUUGUCCAAGAACGACAUCGAGGCGCAACAUGUGAAAGUGGUGGCUCUGCUGAAAUUGGACCGCUACGACGAUGCUAUCGCAGCACUGAACGCAGGUGGCGAGCAGCUGAAGGGAAGAGCGACUCUGGAGUAUGCCUAUGCACUAUACAAGUCAGGCAAUCCCGCGGCAGCAGCUGAACUCGCAGCAAAGACACCGUCCCGCGGACACGCGCAUGUCGAGGCCCAGGCGCGGUAUCGCAAAGAGGACUUCGCACGAGCAGCGGAACUAUAUCGGCAAUUAUCUUCAGACGUCGGAGAGGAUGCUGAAGCAGAUCUGCGCAUCAACAGUGGGGCAGUAAAUGCACAACUGGAAUGGUCUGGGAGGGGAGAUCUGGUCGAGCAGAAGAAGCCUGCGCGGGAAGAUCUAGAAGCAUUUGAGACUGCGUAUAAUGCAGCAUGUGGGAGUAUUGCGCGAGGAGAGCUGGGACAGGGCGAAGUGCUGCUCAAGAGAGCUGCCGAUCUGUGCUCGAGCCUGGAGGAUUUAAGUGAGGAGGAGCGGCAAGCUGAAUUGAUACCCAUCAGAGUGCAGCAAGUGUACGUUCUGGCUCGGUUAGGAAGGGAGAAGGAGGCAGAAGAGCUGGCCCGGAAUCUGGACACCCAGUCGAUAAGUGAUGCUGUAACGCGGCAUAUUGCUCACGUGAACAGCACUGCAACGACCACGACACAAAAUCCGUACUUGGUCCAACGGCUGGUGACCAAAGAUCUCGAAUCGUUCAAGCCAAACUACUCAUUUGAAUAUCAAUCGUCAGUGCUGCGGAGGAAUGUGUAUGCGACGGACUUGCAGGCAUUAAAGUAUGCCGGUACUGCUAAAUCAACAGCGGAGACGUUGAAGCAACACGCUUCUCCAAGCACAGAUGCGUUCUACAACUCCCUCUCAGUCGUAAAUGCUGCAGCGCACGCUAAAGGGCAGACUGGAAAGGAGGCAUUAAAGCACAUUCUGCCUGUUUUAGAGACAAGGCCGAGCGACCUUGGACUGCUCCUCACACUCACACAACUUUAUGUGUCAGUUGGCAAUCCUGCCGCUGCAAUUUCUCUUAUAGAGAGCUUUUCUAAGAAGCUCGAAGACAAUGAAAAGGCGAACGACGCACGGUUUGCACCCGGACUUGUGGCGACGAAAGUGAGCCUGUACCUCAGCCAAGGACGAAAGUCCAGCGCUCGAGGCGCGCUGGCAGAAGCCGCAUUGCACUACCAGCAGAGAGCCAAGCAAGGAGACACGGAGCGACCGCCCGGCUUCACUAAUCUCUACAAAGCCGCAGGCAAAGCCUCGCUCGAGACUGAUAAUCCCGAGAACUUGAACCUGGCAAAGCAGAUCUUCGAAGAGCUCCGCAGCACUGACCCCAACGAUCGCUACGCCGCAGCGGGUCUCUUAGCGGCCUCACCCGAAACAGCCUCACAACAAGAUCUAGACUCCCUCACACCCAUAUCUCGCCUCAUCGCCAACAUUGACGUCGACGCUCUUGAAAAUUCAGGAGUAGCUCAACCUCCCUCAUCUUCAGUACCAAAGUCAUUGAAACGACCCGCGGAGGACACGAAACCCAAGAAAGCCAAGAAAGCUCGCAAGUCCCGUCUACCCAAAAACUACGACCCCAACAAGAAACCUGAUCCUGAGAGAUGGCUUCCUUUGCGCGAUCGAAGUACGUAUCGGCCCAAGGGGAAGAAAGCGAAGGCCAGACAGGCGCUCUUCUCGCAGGGUGCUGUUGCCAGCGAAACUGAGAGUAGCAGACCUGCGACGCCGGGAGGAGAGGUCGUGCAGGGAAAGCAGAAGCAGGGUGGUGGCGGAGGCGGCGCCAACAAAAAGAAAAAGGGCAAGGGUGCGAAGUGGUAGGCAGCCUUACGGUCCCAACUGGAGAAGUGUGCAAUGAAGAAGACGUGUAUACAGCUUCAUGUGCACAUUGCACUGUAUCAUACUAUGGUCUUACCACCGAGAAGUGAUAGUCAAAACUCACUCUGGAAACUUGAACUAAUUUUACGCACGGCGAAUUGGAUCGCGCGGUGGUACCACCGAUAUCGACGACGGAACAAAGGAGUGAGAGGCAGGACGUGCAAAUGGUCUUUGCAUUCGCCUUCGUCUUCCUCUUCACAUCGCAUCCUUCGAUUAAGCGUGUCAAUUCCACUCUGUCCUGGUUAUUGUACGUGACAUUGCCGGAUACUUACCACUACCGUUGGCACCGAGCAACACUGUGAGAAGGAUCCGGCUUCUGAGCCUUUGGGCAUCAAUAUGUUGUAGCAUAGCUUCCUCCCUUUGCCGCACCACAUGGCCUGUCAGUGCGACGCAAUGUCAGCCAUGAUAAUGAAGAGUGCAAAUACGAUUGCC